AUGGGAGACAAGCUCGAAAGAGCUGCACGACGCUCGGCGACGUCUGCGGAUGAUGUGGAGAGUGUGGUGAAAGAGAAGGACGAACGACUCGAUGAUGAGAGUGGAGAUGCGGUUGUAGGAACCCAGGAAGAAGACUCCGCCUCGCCCAUCCCCGACGGCGGUCUCUGGGCCUGGCUCCAAGUCCUCUCGGGCUUCAUGCUCUACCUGAAUUCCUGGGGCAUCGUCACCUCCUUCGGCGUCUUCCAAUCCUUCUACGCCUCCACAUUCCUCGCGACCUCCUCCGCCAGUACAAUCGCGUGGAUCGGCACCAUCCAAGGCUUUCUCCUCGCUUUCACCUCCGUCUUUGCGGGCCCGAUUCUUGAUCGUGGACAUCCUCAUACGCUUAUCCUGCUGGGAGGGUUCCUUGUCGUGUUUGGGCUUAUGAUGACGAGUCUGUGCUCGACGUACUGGCAGCUGUUUCUCGCCCAAGGUGUCUGUGUGGGACUGGGUGCUGGACAGAUUUUUAUCGUCGCUGUUGCGGUUUUGCCGGGUUGGUGGGAGAGGUGGAGGGCGCUGGCGACGGGGUUGAGUGCGGCGGGGAGUGCGGUUGGCGGUGUUAUCUACCCCAUUGUGUUCCACCGCUUGCAGCCGGUUCUGGGUUUCGCAUGGGCUGUCCGAGUACUGGGAUUCAUCUCGCUGGGGACAUUAAGCAUCAGCCUAGCCGUGGCAAGAAUGAGGACGAAACCACCCCCAAGACCCAAAAUCAUCGACUUCACCGGCUUCAAAGAACUCCUCUUCACACUCUUCUGCCUCCUCAGCUUCCUCGGCGCCAUGGGCCUCUACGUCCCCUACUUCUUCAUCUCAUCAUACGCCCGCGAACGCGAAGGCCAACCAGGCGACCUUUCCUUCUACAUGCUCCCCAUCCUCUCCGCCGGCGGCAUCCUGGGCCGCUCCCUCCCGGGCCUCCUCGCCGACCGCUUCGGCUGCCUCCAAACCCUCACCUUCACCACGAGCGUCUCCGCCCUCCUCGCCUUCUCCUGGAUCGCCGUCACCACCUCCAAAACCGCCCUCAUCGUCUGGUCGCUCCUCUACGGCGUCUUCAGCGGGCCGUUUGUCAGUCUCCAGACGCCGACGAUUGCGGCUAUUACCCCCGAUAUGCGACUUGUGGGCGGCAGGAUGGGUAUGAGUACGUUUUGUCUGGCGUUGGGGGUUUUGGUGGGGAAUCCUAUUGCGGGGGCGAUUCAAAGUCGUGGGCAGUGGGUUGGGUUGCAGGCUUUUUGUGGGGGGACGUUGGUGUUGAGUGCGUGUUUGACGGGGGUUACGAUGGGGUUGAAGGUUCGGGGGGAGAGAAGAGAGGAGGAAGAAGAGGACGACUGA